AUGGAUGAACCCAACAACCCGUCCCCCGCCACGGCCGAGGCGUCAAGCAGCAGCGGCAGUCGGAAGGGCAAGGCGGCGAAGGGCGGGCCAGAGAACGGCAAGUUCCGGUACCGCGGCGUGCGGCAGCGGAGCUGGGGCAAGUGGGUGGCGGAGAUCCGCGAGCCCCGGAAGCGCUCCCGCAAGUGGCUCGGCACCUUCGCCACCGCCGAGGACGCCGCGCGCGCCUACGACCGUGCCGCGCUCCACCUCUACGGCCCGCGCGCGCACCUCAACCUCACCUCCCCGCCGCCGCCUUCGCUCGCCACGCCGCGCUCCCACCUCCACUCCUCGGCAUCAGCGCCGCCCGCGCUCCGGCCGCUCCUUCCGCGACCGACCCACCAGCAAUCCGCCGGCGCCGCGCCGGCAUUCCACCACCAGCACCAGCAGUUCCAGUUCCACCUCCUGCAGCAGCAGCCGCCCCCGCCGCUGUACUACGCCAGCACGGCCACCGCGUCCACGGUGCCGCCACGGGCGGUGCCGGAGCCGACCGUCGCGCCCGCAGUAGGCUCCUCAACGCCACUGGAGACGCAGGCGGAGACGCCAGAGGAGGCGGCCGCGGCGGCGGGGUGGGGAUACCACGACGACGACGAGGAGGACUAUGCGGCGGCGCUGCUGUGGGACGAGCCGGAGCCCUUCUGGUUUGAUCUCUUCCUCAAGUGA